AUGGUGCUUGCAGUGUCUGCCAGAGCGCGUGUACUCUGGGGCCAUGCACCCCGAGUUCGGUCGGCCAUCCUUGUGCGCCGCACAUUUGCCACUGUUUCGGACUCUACGACAGUUCCCUACGAUGUAGUCGUCAUUGGAGGCGGCCAUGCUGGUUGUGAGGCUUCAGCAGCUGCUGCACGAACUGGCGCAAGAACAGCUCUGGUCACCCCCUCUGUCGACAAUCUCGGAGUCUGCUCAUGUAAUCCCUCGUUUGGCGGAAUUGGUAAAGGCACCAUGCUACGAGAGAUUGAUGCCCUAGAUGGUGUCGUUGGGCGCAUAGUCGACAAAGCUGGAGUUCAGUUUCGCGUCUUGAACAGAAAGAAGGGGCCCGCAGUCUGGGGUCCUCGCGCCCAAAUUGACAGAGCGCUGUACAAAAAGCACAUGAAGGAGGAGAUGACGAACUACAAGGGCUUGAGCCUUGUUGAGGGCAAAGUUGCUGACAUCGUCGUACAAAGAGAAGGAAUGACAGAUGGCAAGCAUGGAAAGAUUACUGGAGUCAGACUCGAGAGCGGCGAGGUCAUUCCUACAAAGAACGUUGUCAUCACCACUGGCACUUUCCUGGGCGGCGAGAUUCACAUUGGCCUUGAAGCGUACCCUUCGGGCCGUAUGGGAGAAGCAGCGACGACGGGCUUGAGCAAGUCUUUGCGGGAAGCAGGCUUCACAUUGGGCAGAUUAAAGACAGGAACCCCUCCGCGCCUUGACGGCAGAACUAUCAAUUAUACCGGUCUCGAUGUUCAGCCUGGCGACGAUCCACCAAUGCCUUUCAGCUACCUCAACUCUCGCGUCGCCGUCCAAGACCAACUUAACUGCUGGUCUACCCACACCAACCCUGCCACCCACGACAUCAUUCGCGCAAACCUCCAAAACAGUAUUCACAUCCGCGAGGAGGUCAAGGGCCCCCGCUACUGUCCAUCUCUCGAAAGCAAAGUUAUCCGAUUCCACACAAAAGAUGCUCACAUCAUCUGGCUGGAGCCCGAAGGCUUCGACAACCAUGUCAUCUACCCGAACGGCAUCUCCAUGACUGUACCUGCCGAGGCACAAGAAGCCAUGCUCAAAACCAUCAAGGGUCUGGAAAACGUCAAGAUGCUACAACCCGGUUAUGGUGUUGAGUACGAUUAUGUGGAUCCUCGCAGUCUGCGCAAGACUUUGGAGACGAAAGCUAUCGGAGGUCUGUUCCUGGCGGGUCAGAUCAACGGUACAACAGGCUACGAAGAAGCCGCCGCUCAGGGCGUUGUUGCUGGUAUCAACGCAGGCAACUCUGCAUUGGACAAGCCACAGUUGCAGUUGACAAGAGCCGAUGGAUACAUCGGCAUCAUGAUAGACGACUUGAUUACGAAAGGUGUUUCGGAGCCAUACCGCAUGUUCACCUCAAGAUCAGAGUAUCGCAUGUCCGCUCGUGCUGACAACGCCGAUCUCCGCCUUACCGCCAAAGGACGAGAACUUGGUGUAGUCUCAGAUUCACGCUGGUCUCACUUCUCCUCGCAAAAAGCACAGAUGGAUGAGUUGAAGACUUUGUUGGAAGGUCACACCCUGUCAAGCAGUGUUUGGCAGUCACACGGCUUCCCAGUCCGCAGUGACAGCAGCAAACGCAGCGCCUUCGACCUUUUACGUCUCGCAUCCAUCUCGGUCUCCAGCCUCGCCACUCUGUUGCCGGAUAUUGCAAAGUUCGAUCCUUACAUCAUCUCUCGCAUGGAUAUCGAAGGCACAUACUCUCCCUACGUCACUCAACAAGAAACACAAGCCAAGCACUUUGAGAGGGACGAACAACUAUUGCUUCCUGCAGACAUUAACUACGAGAACAUCUUUGGAUUAAGCAACGAAGAAAAGAGGGUGCUGAGUGUCACCAGACCUGAGAGUCUGGGACAGGCUAGAAGAAUCGAAGGCGUUACGCCUUCGGGUACACUUCGUCUGUUGGCAUAUGUGAGGGGUGCGGGCAAGAGAGCAGCUGCUGUCGACCAAGUGCUUGCAUCUCAGGAGAAAGAGGUCGUUGCCUAG